CUCUAUCAUUUCCUCAUCUUCUUCAACCUUCCCUCUAACCGCCACAUAUUUUUUUUCUUUCUCAAACUACCCAUUGUUAAAAUUGCGCAAAAAUGGAGCUAGAACAGCCCAUACCAAGAGAAGAGAUCCCAGUAGAACUGAGAUCAUCAACCACUGACAGAAUUCAUACAAGAACCAAAUCAGCUACAUUUACAGGUAGCUUUUCCUCUUCAUCUUUCAGUGAUCUCUGCCAUCGAUCUGAAUCGUUUCGAACUCUGGAGAUGGGUGUGCCCAAGAGUAAUUCUUCCGAGAAAAGACUCGGUUGGUUGCGCUCUCAAAUCAUAGGCGAUAAUGUAGAAUUUGAUUCUCCCUUUGGUAAACGAAAACUCACCUACGCUGAUCAUACUGCCUCCGGCCAAUCUCUUCGCUAUAUUGAGAAUUUCAUCAUUAAGAACGUUCUUCCCUUCUAUGGGAACACACACACUUGCGAUAGUUACGUGGGGCACAGAACAACAAAAAUGGUUCAAGAGGCAACUAAAUACAUAAAGAAGAGCUUAGGAGGGGGAGAAGAGGAUGCAAUUAUGUUCUGUGGCUCAGGCACCACUGCAGCUAUUAAACGUCUGCAAGAGGUGAUGGGCAUAGCUGUGACGUCUAUUCUGAGGGAUAGGCUAAUUCAAUGCAUUUCAGAUCAAGAAAGAUGGGUUGUGUUUGUUGGACCUUAUGAGCACCACUCCAACCUCCUCUCAUGGCGACAAAGCUUAGCUGAAGUUGUAGAGAUUGGCGUAGAUGACAAUGGCUUGAUACACAUGGAAUCUCUCCAAGAAAAACUUCACUUCUAUAGAAAUGCCAAUCGUCCGAUGUUAGGGUCGUUUUCUGCUUGCAGUAAUGUGACUGGCAUUUAUUCAGAUACUCGAGGAAUUGCUAGGCUUCUUCACCAAUAUGGAGCUUUUGUGUGCUUUGAUUUUGCUGCAAGUGGACCCUACGUGAAAAUUGAGAUGAGAUCUGGAGAGAUUGAUGGCUAUGAUGCAAUUUUCCUUAGUCCACAUAAGUUUGUUGGAGGGCCUGGAUCGCCUGGAAUCCUUUUGAUGAGUAAAGCUCUGUAUCAGCUGAGGUCUUCUCCACCAUCUACCUGUGGAGGUGGAACUGUUUCUUACGUCAACGGCUUCAAUGAAAAGGACACAUUAUAUUAUGAAGAGAUAGAGGAAAGAGAAAAUGGUGGAACUCCUCAAAUAAUCCAAAUAAUUAGAGCAGCACUGGCUUUUUGGGUUAAAGAAUACAUAGGCUAUCAAAUGAUUGACAAACAAGAAACCUAUUACAUAGAAAAGGCAUUAAAGAGGUUGAUGUCCAACAAGAACAUAUGGGUUUUGGGAAACACAAGUGUGAAGAGACAAGCUAUAUUGUCCUUUCUUAUAUUUUCUACCACAAACUCUCCCUCAAGUGAAAUGGAAGAUGGUGAAUUUAGAGAGAGAAAGGAAAGAGAACUUUACAUGUGGGCAGAGACAGGGAACAAGAGAGAUAAGCCUCUUCAUGGAGCUUUUGUUGCAUCUUUGCUUAAUGAUUUGUUUGGCAUUCAAGCUAGAGGUGGGUGUGCUUGUGCUGGUCCUUAUGGUCAUAUUUUGCUCAACAUUAGUGAAACUAGCUCCCUUUCUUUCAGAUCUGCCAUACAAAAGGGGGAUCAUGGAGUAAAGCCAGGAUGGACAAGAAUUAGCUUCCCAUACUACAUGUCCAAUGAGGAAUUUGAGUUCAUUCUAGCAGCUCUGGAAUUUAUAGCAAUUUAUGGCCAGCGAUUCCUUGCUUUGUAUAACUUCAAUUUCAAAAGUGGAAGUUGGUCUUUGAAGAAAAAGGCAUUCAAGAACCUAGUGGGAGGAAAACCAAAGAGUAUCGACAUGCCGUUUGCUGGUUCUAAUGAGGGUGAGAUUAUAAUCAAUAAGCACAAAUCGUAUUUGGAAACGGCAAAACGUAUCGCUAAUUUGCUUCCCAAGUUCCCUUCUCAACGUAAGCUUCCAGAAAAUUUAGAUCACGACUUUCUAUAUUUUCGAGUCUAGCCCCUAUGAUUUCUUUGUAUUAUUUAUUUAUCUUUGUUUUACAGAGUACAUUUAUUAUUCAAUUUUGGAAAAAAUAAAUUACAUUUUCAUUUC